AAGAUGCUUCCACGAUACAAACCGAGUCCUGGCUCCACCAUGUCCUUGGCGUUCUGCGGCAGCGAGAACAACUCGGCCGCCUACAAUGUGGACGGCGGCGUGCUCAACAACGGCUGUUUCCUGGACGCCCUCACGGUGGUGCCCCAUGUGUUCCUGCUCUUCAUCACCUUCCCCAUCCUCUUCAUCGGCUGGGGUAGCCAGAGCUCCAAGGUCCACAUCCAUCACAGCACCUGGCUCCACUUCCCCGGCCACAGCAUGCGCUGGAUACUCACCUUCAUCCUCCUCUUCGUGCUGGUGUGCGAGAUCGCAGAGGGCAUCGUGUCCGAUGGGGUCACCCAGUCCCACCACCUGCAUCUGUACAUGCCGUCAGCCCUGGGCUUCAUGGCAGCCAUCACCUCCAUAGUCUACUACCACAACAUCGAGACCUCCAACUUCCCCAAGCUCCUGUUAGUGUUGCUGGUCUACUGGGUGCUGGCGUUCGUCACCAAGACGCUGAAGUUUGCCAAGUACACGGAGCACAGUGUGGGCAUGAGGCAGCUGAGGUUCUGCAUCACCGGGCUGCUCUCCGUGCUCUAUGGCCUACUGCUGGCAGUGGAGAUCCAGGUCAUCCUGGGCAGGCGCUACGUCUGCUUCCAGCACACCAUGGAGGUGAAGCCCCCUGAGGACCUUCAGGAUCUGGGUGUGCGGUUCCUGCAGCCCUUUGUCAACCUGCUCUCCAAAAGCACAUACUGGUGGAUGAACACCUUCAUCACCAACGCACACCGCCGGCCCAUCGACCUCAAGGUCCUGGGCAAGCUGCCCAUCGCCAUGCGAGCCCUCACCAACUACCUGAAGCUGCGCAAGGUUUUUGAAGCUCAGAAGGUAGAGCAGAGGCCCCUGGGCACCCAGCCCAUGGGCCCCAAGUGGAUCUGGAGGGCCCUGCGGAAGGCCUUUGGGAAGCCCCUGAUCCUCAGCAUCACCUUCCGCUUCAUGGCUGACCUGCUGGGCUUCGCCGGGCCCCUCUGCAUCUCUGGGAUCGUCCACCACAUCAGCAAAGAAAACCGCACCACCCAGCCACCGGUGCAGCUGCUAGGAGUCUACUUCAUCUCCUCCAGGGAGUUCCUGGCCAACGCCUACGUGCUGGCUGUGCUGCUCUUCUCUGCCCUGCUCCUGCAGAGGACAUUCCUCCAGGCCUCCUACUACGUGGCCAUAGAGAACGGCAUCAACCUACGAGGGGCCAUACAGAUGAAGAUCUACAAUAAGAUCAUGCGUCUGUGCACAUCCACCAUGUCCAUGGGGGAGAUGACGGUGGGCCAAAUAUGUAACCUGGUUGCCAUCGACACCAACCAGCUGAUGUGGUUCUUCUUCCUGUGUCCAAACCUGUGCGCCAUGCCAGUUCAAAUUAUUGUUGGAGUAAUCCUCCUCUACUACCUCUUGGGUAUAAGUGCCUUGAUUGGAGCCACCGUUAUUGCAGUCCUGGCCCCAGUGCAGUACUUCGUAGCAACCAGACUCUCUGAAGCACAAAAAAGUACCUUGGAGUACUCGACUGAGCGUCUGAAGAAGACCAACGAGCUGCUGAGGGGCAUCAAGCUGCUGAAGCUCUACGCCUGGGAGCACAUCUUCUGUGGCAGCGUGGAGGAGACCAGACACAAGGAGCUCACCAGUCUGCAGUCCUUCGCCCUUUACACCUCCGUAUCUAUUUUCAUGAACGCAGCUAUCCCGAUUGCAGCAGUUCUCAUUACAUUCGUGGUCCACGUUCACAUCUCGGAGGAUGCCAGUCUGUCCCCAGCGGUGGCGUUUGCUUCCUUGUCCCUCUUCCACAUCCUGGUCACGCCGCUUUUCCUCCUGCCAAGUGUUGUGCGGUCUACAGUCAAGGCCCUGGUCAGUGCCCAGAAGCUGAGUGACUUCUUCUCCAGUGAUGAGAUCGGUGAGGAGCAGGAAGCCAGAGCGCCCCCUGUCCCCCCCGCCUCCACCUGCUCAUCCUCCAACAACAGCAAGUACCAAGCCCUGCCUCUUAAGGUGGUGAACCGUAAGCGUCCGGGCCGUGAGGACUGGAACAACUUUGGGCUCCAGAGGGACCUGGAGGAGGACGCUUUCAUCCUGGAGGAUGACGACACAUGCAUGAAGAUUACCAGUGGCUACUUCACCUGGGUGGAUGGACCUCCCACGCUGUCCGACAUUAACAUCAAGGUCCCAUUUGGCCAGUUAACCAUGAUCGUGGGCCAGGUGGGCUGUGGCAAGUCCUCUCUACUGCUGGCUGCACUGGGAGAGAUGCAGAGGAUCUCAGGCACUGUAGUCUGGAACAACCUUCCAACCCCGGACUCUGAAGGUGAUGAGAGUCCCACAAGUAGAGAUGCAGCUGGAGAUGGUGACAUCAGAAAGAGAGGCUCGGUGGCGUACGCCUCCCAGAGGCCCUGGCUCCUGAACGCCACCCUGGUGGAGAACAUCACCUUCGAGAUGCCCUUGAUCAAGGAGAGAUAUCAGACGGUCAUAGAUGCCUGUUCCCUGCAGCCGGAUAUUGACAUCCUGCCACAGGGAGACCAGACGGAGAUCGGAGAACGGGGUAUUAUCCUGUCAGGGGGGCAGCGGCAGCGUAUCGGUGUGGCCCGAGCUCUCUACCAGAACGACAAUGUGGUCUUCCUGGACGACCCCUUCUCUGCGCUGGACAUCCACCUGAGUGACCACCUGAUGCAGGAGGGCAUCCUCAAGCUGCUGAGGGAGGAGAAGAGGACUGUGGUCAUGGUCACACACCGGCUGCAGUACCUGCCACACGCAGACUGGAUCAUUGCCAUGAAGGACGGCUCCAUCCAGACCGAGGGCACCCUGAAGGACAUCCAGAAUAGCGAGCCAGAGCUCUUUCAGCAGUGGAAGGCCCUCAUGAACCGCAAGGACCAGGAGUUUGAGAAGGAGACGGUGGCAGAUAACAUGACAGCUCUGGAGAGGAAGAACCUACGGAGGGCCAUGUACUCCCGAGAGGCCCUGAAGACAGAGGAGGAGGAUGACGAUGAGUCUGUGGAGAGCGAUGAGGAGGACAACCUGUCGCAGGUGAUGCGUCACCGCACCACCAUCCCCUGGAAGAUGUUUGGGGUGUACCUGAGCUCGGCGGGGCUGCUGCUGCUGUCGCUGCUGGUGCUGUCGCAGCUGGCCAAGCACUCCCUCAUGGUGGCCAUCGACUACUGGCUGGCCCACUGGACCUCCCACGCCAUCGACGCCGAGAUACAGGGGGCCUCAGGCAACUGCACCUCGGCACAGGCGUGUGGUUUCGACCACUCGUCCUACCUGCUGGUGUUCAGCGUGCUGUGCUGCCUGGGCAUCGUGCUGUGCCUGGUCACCUCGGUGACGGUGGAGUGGACCGGCCUACGAGUAGCCAAGGAGCUCCACAGCAACCUGCUCCACACCAUCACUCUGGCCCCUAUGAGGCUGUUUGAAACGACACCACUGGGGAGCCUACUGAACCGGUUUUCGACUGACACAAACACCAUUGAUCAGCAUAUCCCGGCCACUCUGGAGUGCCUGAGUCGCUCGAUGCUGCUGUGUGUGUCUGCUCUGGGCGUCAUCUCCUACGUCACGCCGUACUUCCUCAUCGCUCUGGCUCCCCUGGCCAUCGCAUGCUACUUCUUCCAGAAAUACUUCAGAGUGGCCUCCAGGGACCUGCAGCAGUUGGAGGACUCCACUCAGCUGCCUCUGCUGGCCCACUUCUCUGAGACCGUGGAGGGACUCACCACCAUCAGGGCCUUCAGGUAUGAGGCCCGAUUUAGACAGAAGGUUCUGGAGUUCACUGAUGCCAACAACAUCGCCUCUCUCUUCCUCACCGCAGCCAACCGCUGGCUAGAAGUCAGAAUGGAGUACAUUGGAGCGUGCAUCGUGCUCAUUGCCGCAGUGGCCUCCAUUACAAAGUGCAUGUACGAGCAGCUGUCUACGGGGCUGGUAGGACUGGGCCUCACAUACGCGCUAAUGGUGUCUAACUACCUGAACUGGAUGGUGCGUAACCUGGCAGACAUGGAGGUCCAGAUGGGUUCUGUGAGGAGGAUCAGUGCCCUGCUCAAGACCGAGCCAGAGAGCUACGAGGGACUCAUGUCGGCGUCUCAGGUGCCAGAUGGAUGGCCUCAGCAGGGUGAUAUCCAGAUCCAGAACCUGAGCGUGCGCUAUGACAGCACCCUCAAGCCCGUCCUCAAGAAUGUCAACGCCAGCAUCAGUCCUGGACAGAAGGUGGGCAUCUGUGGCAGAACAGGGAGUGGCAAAUCCUCAUUCUCACUGGCCUUCUUCCGCAUGGUGGACACAUUUGAGGGCCGCAUCAUCAUAGAUGGGAUAGACAUAGCACAGCUGCCCCUGCACACUCUCCGAUCGCGCUUCUCCAUCAUACUGCAGGAUCCAAUCCUCUUCAGUGGGACCAUACGAUUCAACCUGGACCCAGAGAAUACAGCGUCAGACAGCACGCUGUGGGAGGCUCUGGAGAUCGCUCAGCUCAAGCCUGUGGUGAAGACCUUACCUGGAGGCCUGGAUGCGAUGGUGACGGAGGGUGGCGAGAACUUCAGCCAGGGCCAGCGGCAGCUCUUCUGUCUGGCGAGAGCGUUCGUGAGGAAGAGCAGCAUCCUCAUCAUGGAUGAGGCCACCGCCUCCAUAGACAUGGCUACGGAGAGCAUUCUACAGAAAGUGGUGAUGACAGCGUUCUCUGAUAGGACGGUGGUAACCAUAGCGCACCGCGUUCACACCAUCCUCAACGCAGACGUGGUCAUCGUCAUGAAGCGAGGGAUCAUUCUGGAGUAUGACAAGCCUGACGUUCUUCUAGAGCAGGAGGACAGCAUCUUUGCCUCAUUUGUCAAGGCCGACAAAUGACACACAAGAAAGUAUGACAAAAGACUGAAUAAUCAAGGACCUUCAAAAGUGCAAUUGCAUCAUGGACUACUGUUUUGCUUUUUUGUUUAUUUGUUUUUUUUAAUCCUGCAUCAUAUAUUUGUAAAUAAGAUGAUAAUUCUUUGUUAAUAAAAAAAGAAAUAAUUUUCAUUUUAUAAAUCAUGUAUUUUUUAAAAAGAAUAAGUGUCUGGCAACAGUACUACUAAAUACACCAUGUGAAAGGGCAUAGAAUGACUGUGACAUGGCAAUAAUGCUGACAUGGCAACUACUAACUUUUCUGCAAAAAAAGAAGAAAAAAAGAACUGCAUUAAAACUGUUCGAUUGUAAUGAAUAACUGGUGGUAUCCUGCUUGUGGAAACAUUAUUGGGUAUUACAGUUUUUUCUCGAUUGCUUAUACAUACUUUCUGGAAUCAUGUCUCGAAUUCUCAAAACUCUACUCACAAAUCCAAAAACUCACACACAACGGGCAAAACUGAAAAAUGAACGUCUUGUCUCAAAAUUAUGUACUCUCUUCUAAAAAGGCAAUUUUGUUCUCAAAAUACUAACACAAGCAUAAUUUUAGCAUCACUCACACUCAUAUGACCCAUUGAACAGUAACACUAAUGUGCAUAUGGUAAAACACUAUACUCAGCUUGGCGCAGAGUAGACCUUAUUUUGUUCAGUGUUCCACUUACUGAAGAGGGUAUCUUUCUGUUGUAAAAUACUGAAAUAUUGUUUCCAGACUCAGAGUACACAGAUAUGUGUGUCAAAAAUAUAUAUUUUACAUAUUUUUUCUGACAUUGAAAAAAUGCACUAAUUUACUGUAAAAUAUUGUGUAACCACAUGAAAGUGAUCUCUUGUAUUACAUAUUUUGGAGAUCAGAAACUAAACAAAUGUGUGUUCUCACAGCAUCUUCUCAUGUUUUCAUCAAUAUCACAUGCAAUGUGUGUCCUUAUGGGUGGAUGAUUUCAUAUUGUAAACAGGUAUGAAGAGAGUUUGCCCAUGUGAUGAGGAAGUGAACAUAGUGUGGCAGUUGAUUUGAGUAUUUUGAAUGACUGUGUGUUCCAUGUGAAAACCAGGGAUUUUCUUCAUGAGAAGUGUGUCUAAUCCAGAGAAUUGUGUGUAGUUUUUUGAGAAGAGUGUUGAAACUGAAAUGUGAGUGUAAAGAAGGAAUUGUGCUAAUAGUUAAGUGACGUUGGUUAGGGGAGUUGGGAAAUGGGUGAGAUAUUUCCAGAAUUGUGUGUGAAGUACCAGAAAUUGUGUGGAGACGAUCGAGAAAAAACUGUAAUGAAGCCCAAGUGCCACCAUAAUAACCUACUGCCACCAUCCUGCAGGAGCUAUGUCAACUGUAUGCAUACAUAUUUGGUGGACCAAUUUUGAUUUAUGGGCAGCACAAAAAUCAUUAAAUGAAAACUCAAAAACAAUCGUUUAUGCAACUUUUCAUAUUACUUUUAACUUUUCAAACAUAUUUUAAUCAAAUUUUAUACAUGGCAUAUACUUUGCA